GGCCGAUUCGUGAAAGACAAAGAGAGAAGGUGCUCCACAGGUGGGGUAGUUUAUGGUAUCUAUGGCGAUUUAAAUUCAGUCGCGGUAAAGCUUCGGGCACUAGGAGGCUGUGAUUCGAUCAACCAAAAAUGGGCGUGCCAAAACCGCAACAACAUUUCUACACCCCCUCGUCCCACCCCUUCAACAACAACUAUAUGUACAACACCGAGAUCGCCUCCCACAGCAUCACCGGAUUUUACAAAGAUGCGAAAAUCUUCAUCACCGGAGCCACCGGAUUCGUGGGCAAAGCCCUCGUGGAGAAACUCCUCCGGACUUGCGACGAACUCGACAGUCUUUAUCUUUUAAUGCGGCCCAAACGCGGAAUGAGCAUCGAACACAGAUUGAAGGAGUUGUUGAAAAAUCCGGUUUUUGACCGGAUUCGCGAGAAAAAUCCAGACGCUUUUGAAAAAGUCAAGGCGGUGGCGGGGGAUGUUUCAGCCCCCAAUUUGGGGCUAUCGGAGGGAGAUAAGGAGAAGAUAGUCGAGCAGUGCAAUAUUGUUUUCCAUUCGGCUGCCACAGUCAAAUUCAACGAGGAUUUGAAAAACGCCGUCACCCUCAACACCUUGGGUACCAAACAGGUACUCGAGCUUUGCCGCGAAAUGAAAAAUUUGAAAAGUUUCGUUCACGUCUCCACAGCCUACAGCAAUUCUGACAAAUAUACAGUCGAUGAAACGGUCUACGAGCCCCCACACGACCCCAAUGCCGUCAUCAACAGUAUCAACGUUUUGCCAAAAGAAGGAAUCGAUAUUUUAUCAAAGAAAAUUCUGGGUAAACACCCAAACACAUAUACUUUGACCAAGGCCAUGGCCGAGCACUUGGUUCUUGAAAGCUCCUCCCAGAUCCCAGCAGCCGUCGUACGCCCCUCGAUCAUUACAGCUGCGUGGAAGGAACCAUAUCCAGGAUGGGUGGAUAAUGUUAGUGGGAUUACAGGGAUUUUCAUGGAGUGUGGUCGAGGUACCAUCAAAUCGAUCAUAUGUGAUGAUAAAUGUACCAUGGACUUAAUCCCGGUCGAUAUCGUGGUCAAUACCAUCAUAACAGCGGGAUGGCACACAGCCGCACACCCAUCGAAUACCAUGCGGGUCUACAACUGUACCAGUGGUACCACCAAUCCCAUCUCAUGGAAGGAAUUCGGCCGUUUGACCCACAAGUAUUGGCUAGAGUACCCCAGCAAGUACGUCACGUGGUACCCGGGAUUCACCUAUCGGACCAGUCGUGCGAUGCACGUGAUCUGUGCCCACUUGUUUCAUUUGCUGCCUUCGGCCUUCUUAGAUGUGUUUUUAUACUGCACGAAACAAAAGCCAAUAAUGUUGAAAAUCAGCCGAAAAUUUUACAGUGCGUUAGAUGCGGGUAAAUUUUUUUCGACCAACGAAUGGGAUUUUAAGACUUCGACGAUGGCAGCACUGGUUAGCGCCGUCCGCGAUGCUGAAGAUGGCGCCAAUUUUGAAAUUGACAUGACAGCAGAAAACGGCUUCAAUUGGAAUUUCUAUCUAAAAGAUUUUACACUAGGAGUGAGACAAUAUGUGCUCAAAGACGACAUUAGCAGUCUACCAAGUGCCAAAGUCAAACUAAACAGGUUGUAUUGGUUCCAAAAAGUAUUUCAAGCCAUCACAAUAUAUUCUAUAGUCAAGUUGGCACUACACCAAUGCACUUAGCCCAAUUUUUCAAAUUUUUUAUUCGCUAUAGGAGAAUUAAGUGUCUUAAAAAAUCAAAAUAUUAAACGGCAGACAAAACCAUGCAAAUGACAAAUAUUAGAAUAGUUUAUUGAAUAUCUUACAUUAUUUAUUUUAGUUUUGUAGCACUAACAUGUAUUUUUCAACUGGAUAAGGUUUAUGUUGAUAAUAAAAUUUGUAUCACCAAAA